AUGCUGGAUCUUCUUGCCCAUCCCUUUUAUUUAAACGAGGCGUGGCUCUGUCGUUUUCUUUUUUCUGAUCUCUGUCCGUGUCGUCUUUUCUGUUCUCCUACCUCUGUCCGUGUCGUCUUAGCGUUCUCCUACCUCUGUCCGUGUCGUCUUACGUUCUCUACACUCUGUCCGUGUCGUCUUACGUUCUCCCUACCCUCUGUCCGUGUCGUCUUACGUUUCUUCCUUACCUUCUGUCCGUGUCGUCUUACGUUCUCCUACCUCUGUCCGUGUCGUCUUACGUUCUCCUACCUCUGUCCGUGUCGUCUUACGUUCUCCUACCUCUGUCCGUGUCGUCUUACGUUCUCCUACCUCUGUCCCUGUCGUCUUACGUUCUCCUACCUCUGUCCCUGUCGUCUUACUUUGACCCGCCUCUCCGAUAUCUCAUUGUGUCGUUUUAACUUUCCCUGGUCUCUGGCCAUAUCGUUUUUCUUUCUCCGAUCUCAAUCUUUUCUCACGCUGUGUCCUUUAUCCUCUUUCUCAUCUCUCGAUUAUGUUUCCUUAGUAUCUCUCUGUUUGUCGAUUCAAUCCUCCUCCUCCUCGUCUCUCUCUCUCUCUCUCUUUCAAAAUUCCUACAUGCUCUUUUUUCUCUUCCCGUUCUUAUUCUUACACGCAAAAAAAUUCUUUCUGAAUUAUUUUCUUUUUUUGUUCCUUCCAUUCUACCAUUUCAAUUUCCUUCUUCUUUUUCUCUGUUUUCUUAAUCAUCACCCAAGGCUCUUUUCUUUCUUCAUUGAAUCUCUAUCCUCUCUCCUCUCAUUUUCUCAUCUUUCUCUUUCACGGAAACCCCUUUUACUUUUACCACUCCUUCCUUCUAAUUCCCUUACCUGUCAGACUAGCUUGUUUACUUACCUGUCGCUCGCUCCGUUUCCCUCACAACAUGUAACUUUUCUCACUUUUCCCUUUUCUCUCUUUCUCUCUCUCUUUCUCUCUCUCUUUCUCUCUCUCUCUCUUUCUCUCUCUCUCUUUCUCUCUAUUUCCUUCACUCACUCUCUCUCUCCUGUAUUUCCCUCUCUUUCCCUGUAUUUCCCUCUCUUUCCCUGUAUUUCCCUCUCUUUCCCUGUAUUUCUCUCUCUUUCCCUGUAUUUCUCUCUCUUUCCCUCACUCUCUCUUUCCCUCACUCUCUCUCUCCCUCUCUCUCUUUCCCUCUCUCUCUCUCUCUCCCCUCUCUCUUUCCCUCCUCUCUCUCUCCCUCUCUCUCUUUCCCUCACUCUCUCUCUCCCUCUCUCUCUUUCCCUCUCUCUCUCUCUUCCCCUCUCUCUCUUCCCCUCUACCUCUUCCCCUCUACCUCUUUCCCUCUCUCUCUCUUCCCCUCUACCUCUUCCCUCUCUCUCUCUUCCCCUCUACCUCUUUCCCCUCUCUCUCUCUUUCCUCUCUUUCCCCUCUACCUCUUUCCCUCUCUCUCUCUUUUUCCCUCUACCUCUUUCCCUCUCUCUCUCUUUCCCCUCUACCUCUUUCCCUCUCUCAUCCUCUCUCUCCCUCUUUUAUGAUCUCUCGCUCUGUUUCCCCCUCACUCUCUCUCUCUCGCUCUUUCUCUCUUUCUUUCUCUGCCACAAUGCAAAAUACUCCACAAUUUCAUUUACUCAAGCUCUCACUUUAUCCAUCUUCAUUGUUUUCAUUACCGUUAGCAUAGCUGUGAUUCUUUCCUUUCCGUCCGUCUUUCAUCCUUUCCUUUCUACCCUUUUUUCCUUUCCUUCUCUUCUUUCUUCCUCUCGUUUCCUUUCCUUCUCUUCUUUCUUCCUCUCGUUUCCUUUCCUUCUCUUCUUUCUUCCUCUCGUUUCCUUUCCUUCUCUUCUUUCUUCCUCUCGUUUCCUUUCCUUCUCUUCUUUUCAUUUCUACUUUCUCAUCUCUCAGUCACUGUUUCCUUUGCGGUAG